GGUCCUGCUGCUCGGCCUCGCCCUGUUCUACGCCGAGCUGCAGCCGGUGGAGGUGGAAUUCCGGAACGGUGCCACGGAGGAGUUCUGGAACGAGAAGCAGACCCCCACGAUGCUGAAGGUGUUCAACGACACUACCCGGCACCGCUAUGGCGACGACGCGCAUCUCGACUCCUCGCUGAAGGCACUGGGCCUGACGGUAUCAAAGGGACGGUACCCACAGAUGAAGUCGAUCAUUAUCAGCAAGACCGAAGACGAGGAACUGGAGUUCACGAUGACUUUUGUGUCCAAGGACGUGCCGUUCACCACCUGGUCGGACCCUGCCAAGUUGAUCUCGUUUGACCGCUUCUUCGGCCCCGGCAUCUGGUCGUCGGUGUACAAAGUCUCAGGGGAGACUGGGGAAGAAGAUCGCCGGCCUGAAGCUGACGACUGGCACCCGACCAGCAGACUCGAAGCCCAAGAAGGAGAAGGUCGAGGCAGAGAGCCAGGCGUAGCUGCCAGCGCCGGCAGGGCGGCCUGAGGAGGCCCGGGGGCGGCCUAGCGGGACGUCCCGGAGGGAUGGCCCGGCGACGUUCCUCAUUUUCACAUUCCUUCCCCCCCCCCCGCUUGCGGUGUCCUCGGCUCCUCGGCGGCGCGCCCUUGGCUCCUCGUGCGCUCCUGGGGGGGGGGGGGGGGGGGACCUCCCCAUCCUCCCUCCUCCCUCGUCCUGCCUGUGGCAGCCCUGGCGGGACAAGCUGGCCCAGCAGUGCAGCCGCCCCCGCCGGCUGGUGCGGGCUCGGCCCUCGGCGCGGGGCCCUUGGCCCAGGGAGAGGCCCUCGGGCUCCCGCCCGUGCUGGGCGGUGCCGGGCAGGAGGUGCGACCCUGCCGCUGCGCGCAGCCGCAGAGUGUUUGGGGCCCGUCGCCACCUUCCCCUCCCUUAUCCACCCUCUCUCUGUCUCUCUGUCUCUCUCUG